UGUGGGUGGGCGGUGUUGACCGAUGGAGCGGGGCAAGUCCAGACAAGCAGUGGCCGGGGGGCGUGUGUGUUUGUCAGCUGCUGCGCAGAGGGAGAUGUGAAUGUAGGGCAGUCUGCUGCUGCACGCUGGAUGAGUGUGUGUGUGUGUGUGUGUGUUUAUAUGAGUGCGCAUGCGUCUCUGUGUGUUUGUGUAUGUGUGUGUGUCCCAUGGUUAGGGCUUGUGUUUGUGCUCUCCCAGCAUCUCUGCUGCUGUGCCACUUCCGCCAUCAGCAGCACCCCGUCCCCCGCUGGAUUUACACAGGGGACAUGUAACCUUUCCAGCAAGGCUUUGUCUGGGCUGUGUGUGAGUGUGCGCCCGCGUGUGUGUGUGUAUGUGUGUGACAAGGAGAGCAGGAAGGAGGUGACAGCCUCCUGUGUAAAGGAUUUGCCGAUGCAUUCCUGUUGGAAAAUGAAGCUUCAGAAUGAAAAGCCACUGGGUCAUUCUGCAAGCAGGUCCAGCAACAUUUCAAAGGCAGGGAGUCCGACUUCUGUGAACGCCCCCUGCAGCUUCUCCCGGACUUCAGUCACACCUUCUAACCAGGACAUCUGCAGUUCUAACGGUGGCUCUCGAGCUCAGCCUGCGCAGACUGCUGUGGUUCUGCUGAACUCUGACGGCAAAAGCUCGGUGUCGCAGAGUGCCACAAUGACCACCUUGUGUCUGGAGUCUCCUGCCAAGCCCAAAAAUAAGACGGCGUUCGGAGCGGAGUGGCUCUCGCUGCUGAAGCCUUCGGUUAACAUCAAGCCAGACGGCAGCAACCUCAAGUUCUCAAAGUCCUUGAACGACGUGGGCCAGAAGAUGGACGGCCUGUGCAGUGGCCUACACUUCAUCGACCGCACGUGUUCUGAGGGCGAACUGAGCUCAGAAACAGAACCCAAACCUCUUAACGGCAAACCGGCCAACCUGCUGUCUCCCCCGUUACCCUCCCAGCCUCCGUCCUUCUCCAGUACUUGCGGCUACGGAAGCAGCUUGGGGCCAGAACGUUGUUCCCAAACGUCCGAGCUCCAGAAAGGCUCCAACCUGCUGCGAUUCCUCUUCCCAUUCCCUCGCUCUUCCACUGCAGGCAGUCUGCAGGCAGGGGAGUUGACAGGCUACAUCACCAAAUCGUCCAGUGCCCUGCUGGAGGCCUGCGGCGAAGAGAUGGGCGACGACGAGGUGUUCGAGGACGACCCGUCCAGGUGGAGGUUGGCGAAGACCGAUGAACGGCGUGCCCCUCUCUGCUCGCUGGAGGAGGACGGCGACCUAGACCACUGUUCCUCGCCGGUGUCUGAAAAAACAGGGCCACUCUCGCCGUACUCUCUGUCCGGGGACUGCUGCAGGAUCUGUCAUUGCGAGGGUGAUGAUGAGAGUCCGCUGAUCACGCCGUGUCACUGCACAGGCAGUCUGCGCUUUGUGCAUCAGGCCUGCCUGCAGCAGUGGAUCAAAAGCUCCGACACGCGCUGCUGCGAGCUCUGCAAGUUUGAGUUCAUCAUGGAGACCAAACUGAAGCCUCUGCGGAAGUGGGAGAAGCUGCAGAUGACAGCCAGCGAGAGGAGAAAGAUCAUGUGCUCCGUCACUUUCCACGUCAUUGCCAUAACCUGCGUGGUGUGGUCACUGUACGUUCUGAUCGAUCGCACUGCAGAGGAGAUCAAACAAGCCGGGAGAAUACCAGGAGCCCUAAAGCUGCACCCCGGCCUAACUUACGGAGCCUCCAAAAGCAGUACAGUAUUUCAUUCCCUGUUCAGGCCGUGUGCGUGAGCUGGCAGUAGAAACUAGUGAUUUAGCAUACCGCGAUCCCCCCCCUGAUCUGUCUGCUUUUGACAUUGAGGUAUUCUCUGCAGAGAAAAGAAGAAAAUUCUCUACAUUAAUGUCAGUAUCAUGCUCUUUGAUAUAUUCCCUGUGAAAGGCCCAGCAUGAAGCUCUAAAUUUUGUGCUGCCGUUGCAGAUCUUUGGACGGACUUUUACUGCUUCUGGUAGUUUAUUCCUCACAGAUGGACACUGAGUGUGUUUAUAUGUUACCGUAUUUUUCAGACUUUAAGGCAGACUUAAAAAAAUCGUUAGUGCACCCUAUAAUCCGGUGCACCUUAUGUAAAAGUUCUACAGAAGUGCAGGGUUAUAAGGGUGAGUUUUCAGUGAAGUUUCUCCAGCACUAAGGCUGGGUGCAACAGCAUUAGCAUUAGCUGCUAACCACAGCGCUAGCUCUUUUGCCGUAUAGAGGUGAGUAUAUUGGACUGUAGGCUGCGUGUUUGAUGUGUUAAAAAAAGCUACGUGUGACGAACCGCUAGCUGAGAGCAUCUGGGUUACCAGAACACUUAGAGUUCCUCAGUCUACUGCUAUCAGGUGGCAUUUACAUCCUGCUAGCGCUGAGGUUAGCGACUAAUACUAAUGCUGCUGCACCCAGCCUUAGUGCUGGAGAAACUUCACUAAAAACUCAUCCUUAGACAAAAUAUUGGAAAUUUUAAGCUUACUGUAAAUAAACAUAAGCAGUUUACUCACCCAAAUAAACAGUUUUUAAAAGAAAAAUCUGUGUAGAUUGAACAUCCAGCACUUGUUUGAUUUAUUAGUCAUAUGAUUAGUAGCAUACUCUGAUUUCUUAUGAAUCAGAUUUCGUAUAAAAUGUAUUGAAAAUAUAUUUCUGAAUAUUGAAAGUGUUAAAACAAGUAUAUAUAAAAAUAAAUAUGCUUCAACCAACUAUUUGGAUGAGGUGCCACCAAAAAUAAACAAUGACUUCAUUAAAAAUGCACUGUUUAGUAUGAGGUGUAACAAUCUGAUUUAGAAUCGGAUAAAGAAUAAUUGUAUUUCUCAGUCCAUAUAUACUUUUAACCAGAGUAUUCUCAGUUAGUACAUGCAUAAAAACAGACAAUGAUAACAGAAAUAAGCAAAAAUAUGUCAAAAUAAGUGAGCAGGGAUUACCAGAGCAAUAGCAAAAUGGUAACAGAAUAAUGUAUAAUAAUCUUCUUCUUCUACCUGAUGUAUGUGUAAAUUUCUGUCAUUAUGUUAAAAAAGCUACAGCAUGAAGUUUGGGUUUAACAUGAUGUUUAAGUCGCAUUAUUCUGUGAGAUCAUUGGCUAGUUGCAAAGCAAAAAUCCUGUUAUUGCCUCACUCGUGUAAACAUGAGUUUUUCCCUCUAUUGUCUGUUCUCGUAAACAUGUUGAUUAAAUUAUAGACAAAUUCCGAUGUUUCACAGUAAUCAGAUAAUUAAGUCCAUGUAAACAUACUCACUGAACACAACUAAGAAGCUUUAGUAGAAGUAAAAGUGGAAUCAGCGAUGGGUCAUUAGAUUCAGUUUAUGUGGUUAGUUUUAGUUAAUAGUCAAGAUUAAGAAUAAUCAACAUAAAUUAGAAUGAAGAUAGACUGGAUAGAAGAUCUUCACCUAGAUCUUCAGUGGGCUAAGCGCUGCCACUAUGAUCAAGAGAUUGCUGGUUCAAAUCCUGUUCAUGUAGCUUGCCAUCGGCCCACGGAGCCCUGAGAGAGAACAAUUUGCCUUGCAUUCUCUGGGUGGGUAGAUGUGCUCUUUCCUCUCAUCACUCUUAAGGGUGAUGUUGAUCAGCACUAAGCAUCUGUGAGCUGAUGUAUCAGAACCAAGUCGCUGCACUUUCCUCUGAGCGCGCUGUGAUGCGACUCAGCAAUGCUGCAUCAUCAGCAGUUCGAAAAGAGGCGCUUGCGGACUUCACAUGUUUUGGAGGAGGCAUGUGCUAGUCUUCACCUUCCUGGUGUUGAAGCAUCGCUAGUAAUAAGGCGAGUCUUAAUGAGUGGGUUGGGUAAUUGGCUCUGUAAAAGAGGGAUAAAAAUGGGAUUAAAUUAGGAAUAAAAUUAUAUAAAAAAAGACUAUAGUUCUAAAUUGCAUUAUAAAUGAAAAUGAGAAGGUAGGAUGGAGGUAUAAUCGGUAAGUUGGAGGUGUAUUAAGCAGAGCUCCUCAUUUUUAAGCAUCUUGUGUUUGGUUCUAGAGUCUGUUCUCCUGUUCUGUCUGCCCCGUAGCUACAGCAGUGCGCUUGGCAUACAUUUACAGAAUGUAGAACAUUCCAGAAUCAUAUCGUAUGUGCACAGAAAUGACAGAUUGUUUAGAGCAAUAGUCAUUUUGUGAUGCUUCACAGAACACUCCCUCAUACGAUUGAUUCUGACGUAGAUAUUCUGUUCAUUCAUGACAGUGAAUUGCUUUUUACUCCCUCUUGAAGCCUGGUAAAUGUUUAUAUAAGGGCCGCUUUCCUGAACAAGAGCCUAUUCAAAGACCUCCUUUACACAGAGUCACUACAUGCAUGUUCUUGAGUAUCAGAUUGUAACCGGAUAAGGCCAAACCACAUCAAAAUUUAAGGCUUAUUUAUGAUGUAUACCAAUCUGACCACUCAAAUCAUGUCCGAGAUGCAUUUGAGCUGCACCAAAAUGAACAUUUCUGUCCAAAACCAGAAGUGAAUACCAUGUGUCACCAUUGCAUAAAUGAAAUAGCCUAAUGCAUUUUGCCCUGCUUUUUAAAGAAAAUGCACAUACAAAACAACUAUUUAUAAAUAUUUAUUAAAGACCCAUCAUUUUUUAAAUCCUAGCAGACAUACCCACACAAUCAAGUGUUUCUGCUGCAGCGGUGACCAUAAUUAUUUCUACGGCUGCUUCAGAUUGUUCUGAAAUGUCAUGUAGUUGCAAUUACAAUCCCUGCAGAUGGGCUGUUAAAUUAAAAACAAGGGAGGCAGACACACGGGCUGUUUUUCUGUGCUGGAUUCCCUGUGUGAGCUCAGUCUUCACAUUGCACUGUUGCUAUAGGGAGCCCUGCCGUCUGUUUUCAGCUUCAGACUUCUUUGACGUCUGUUUGGCUUAGUUUUGUGUCUUGGAAUUCAGUAAAGUGUCGUCGCUGCUGAAAGAAAUCUAGAAUCUGGAAACGUUGCAAAAUGACUAAAUUAUGUGACUUAAUUAGUCAUUGUUCUGUAUAAAUAUUAAGUCUUUUUCACUUAUUUUGUUUGGCCCAAAUAUUCAGUGCAUCCCUAAUUGAGUCACUUUAAAACACUAUAAACAUAUCUGUCUUUUGGAGAUGUAAUAAAGAACUGAAACUCCUCCUAUUAUAACCAAAACACCAGUAAAAAGUACUAUGCAACAGACAACAGUCAGACUUAGGGUAUACUUACACUAGGCAGUCUGUGCCAUGCCCGGAUAUAGUUACCCCGCCCAAAGCAUGGCUCGAUUAAGUAGUGUGAUUGCUCCAAACCAUGCCUGGGCACGGUACACUAAACCGUGCCCUGGUCCAUUGGAAGUGCGAGUGCACGUUAAGUCGCUAUGUAUGUAACCGUGACUUUUGGCACAUAUUUUUAACUAAAUUAAAGGGGAUUAUCUUUACUUUUAUCAAGAAGAUGCGCUCACAAAAGAGGGUGCUGUUCAUGGCGAGGUGUUGAAUUCAGCACAACACCGGCGAACCCACCAAGCAGUAGUGAGUAAUAGCAUAAGCAUGCUCGGGCACGGAUUGUUUAAAUGCAGUGUGAGUGCAGGCCAGCAGGGAAGUGGGGACGGGGCAGAACCGUGCUUCAGCACGAUAAAACCGAACCGUGCCUAGUGUGAAUACGCUCUAAGCAUGAAGGCACAUUGUUAAAAUCAUAUCAGGAUACAGUCCAGAUUCUAAUCACAUGAAGUGACCCGGUGUAAACAGGGUAUAAGAAGCAUUUUAGUGCCAGUAGUAAAUCUCUUAGAUCCCAGAAACUGGCCCAGAAAUUGGUUAUGUAGCUGUUUUUGUCAACUCUCAGGAACUCAGCAAUUUCACUUUAGAAUCCAUGUUUGUGUGAUAUGAUUCCGAUAAUAACACAUAUCUCCUAUGU